AUGGAGGUGAACCUGAAGAAAUCGAUAAUGAGUGUUAGAGUACUGAUUGGCAUGCUGGUGGUACAAGUGAUUGCAACAGGACUGCAACUUCUUUCUAGGGUUAUACUGAGUCAAGGAACCUUUCUUUUCGCUCUACUGGCGUAUCGAAAUGCAGUUGGUGCUAUUUGUGUUCUUCCUUUUGCUCUCUACUGGGAAAGAGAUGGAUUAAAGAAGGAUAUCAAUGGCUAUGGGAUUAUUCUAUUUGGGACUAAAGGACACCACAGCUACAUAUGCCACCAAUUUCUUGAAUCUAAUCCCAGUUAUCACCUUUAUCUUCUCAACUAUCCUAAGUAUAUAUUACGUUCUGUAUUGUCUGGUCUACUGAGGACGUUUAUUAAGGAAACUAGCUUAUGUGGCAAUUCAAUUUUCCUUGUACUGAGAAGAAUAGAGAAACUGAGAGUGAAUACAAAGGCUGGCAAAGUCAAAACCCUAGGUGCAGUAAUAUGCCUAGCAGGAGCAUUGACUAUCGCCCUUUACAAAGGAAAAGCUUUUCACUUCCAUCAUUUCAGACAGCAAAAUACAGUUAUCAGAACAGUGCGAGAGAAAAAGACCAGAGGGACUCUACUUCUAGUGGGUAGCGUACUGUCAUAUGGUAUGUGGUUCACUACACAGGUUAAAUUAUUCAAAGUAUUUCCCUAUAAAUUUUGUGCAACAAUGUUGACAUGCGUCAUAGCAUCAAUACAGCAAGUGAUAAUUGGCCUAUGCAUAACUAGAAAACCAGAGGCAUGGAAACUAGGUUGGAAUUUGCAGCUAAUCACCAUAGUUUACUCGGGGAUACUGGCCACUGCUGCAACAUUUUGUUUGAUUUCAUGGGCAAUUAGUGAACGUGGACCGACUUACCCAUCCAUGUUCAAUCCAUUGUCACUUAUUUUAGUUGCCAUACUUGAAGCUCUCUUCCUCGGUGAACCAAUCACGGUUGGAAGCUCGCUUGGCAUGUGUCUUAUCAUAGUAGGGUUGUACUCAUUCCUAUGGGGAAAAAGCAAGGAGCCCAAAUCCAAGCCUGCCGGUACAGCUAAAGAAGGCGGCAUAGCCGUGCCACAACCCGUCGGCUUGGAAUCGGUCACCAUAGUCAUGCCAGCUGAUACCAAAAUCCGCAAUGUUGAAGAUGAUAAGCAAAAUGCCACCUAUGCCAUGACAAGGUGA